AUUAGUCAAUCAUCAAAUAUCAGCAAAUGUGGACGCAUUUACAUGAUAAGUCACAUUUUCUACAAUCUGCCCUAGUUUUGUUAAGGAAAAACAAGAGCUAUUGAUUUUUUUUUUGUAUACAUUUUAAACCUGGCUUCUAACCUAACAAAACUAUAGUUACAAUGGUGGUCAUAACAGAAGCAGUGACCAUCUCCUUCGGCGAAGGCCCGCACUGGGAUGUGGAUGAACAGGUCCUGUACUAUGUCAACUUCCUCGACAACACAAUCAAUAAAUACAACCCUGCGACCAGGCAGAACAACAAGUCUAAACUAGCCCAGUUUCCAGAAACUUAUACUUCCUUCGUGAUUCCAAUCGAGGGAAGAAAACAUCGUUUCCUCUGCGGAAUAAAACGUGACAUAGUUGAAAUAGAGUGGAAAGGAGAUAACAAAAAUGCGGUGGUCGUGCGGACUAUUGCCAGUGUUGAAAAGGGCCGACCCGAAAACUUCUUGAAUGACGGCAAAGCAGAUCGUAAAGGACGAUUGAUCACAGGAACGUUAGGUGGUAACCCUGACUGCGAAAAUCUGGAUGACAUGAUACUCCCCGAAAAAGGUUCUUUGUACAGAAUAGAUAGCGAUGGCCAAGUAAAUAAAUUGGAUGAUAAAAUCACCAUCUCCAACGGCUUGGCAUGGGAUGCAGAAGGAAAAACUUUGUAUCUUGUAGACUCUAUGGAUUGUAUUAGAAGAUACGACUAUGACAUUGAAACGGGAAAUAUAUCAAACUGCCGAAAAUUAUUCGUCCCCAAAGAUUACGGGAUCAAAGGAAUAUGUGAUGGCCUGACCAUAGACACAGAUGACAAUCUCUGGGUUGCCGUAUAUCAAGGGGGGCAGAUUUUAAAAAUUAACGGCAAAACUGGCGAAAUCCUACAAGAAGUGACAAUGCCAACGAUGGACGUAUCCUCACUUACUUUCGGCGGAGCUAAUCUGGACAUCCUGUAUGUUACAUCUUGCAAUGUCCAAUGGGAGAGGAAGGAACCUGAGUGGGGAGCGGCUAUCUACCAAGUGGAAGGACUGGGUGUCCGGGGAUAUCCUGCAUUUAAAAUUAAAUUAUAUAAAACUACAAGCUGCCAACAUUAA